AUGACUAUUGAUUCUGGUGAAAGUGAUGAUAAUUGUGUAGUUGAACAGGAAGAAGUACAUGGUGAAAUAAUAAAAAAGCAAAUGAUUUUACAUGCUCAUGAAUACUCUGACCUAAAGACACCGCCACAACCAGCUGUUCCUAUACCAACAAAGAUUAUUAGCAAACCUACAACAAUUGUUACGCCCAAUCAAAUUACUAAUGAAAAAGCUACUGUUGAUGUAACACCUGCAUGGUUCGAACCAGUAAGACCUGUCUCUCCAGAAAACAUUAAGUUUCCUGCUAAUUACGACAAAAGUUCUACUACGGUCGUUCGUACAUAUGAAUGCUUAUCUACCUAUCGCUCCAUGGUCAAGAAAGCAACAAUGAUUGAUUUUGUUGCCGAACCAUUUUUAGCCCAGGUUGAUAAUACUGAAACACUUGUAGUAGUUCUUAACGAACUUGCUUGUCAACUUGGUGCUCGUCUGACUUUUAGUGAUACAGACUAUAAAUAUAAUGAUAGCGAUUAUCGAACUGCAUGCGGAGUGAGCAAUCUCGGUAGUAUUCAUUCACUUCUCGCUUCCGAAGGAAAUUUUCUAACUGCCAAAUUCAACCUUCAUUUGAAUAUUGACUAUACGAACACGACACGAUCACCUGAAACAUUACGAAACUUUGUCUUAAGUGUUAUUAGCGAUAUGUGUCUUUUUGCAGAAUGUGAUAAAGACUUUAUUCGAGUAUUUUCUGUGAAACCAGCUUCAUCAGCUAUUGUUGAACUCGGCAUCACCACACCUCAACUUCAUCAAACAAUAAUAGUUGCUGACAAAGUUAAAGAAAAAUUAAUUAAGGUUUCGAUGGCAAAAACUCCAAGUAUUCUAUCUGAUCGAUCAAAGAAACCAUUUACAUCAUUGGAAGAUAAAUCGAAAAAGAUGUUGGCACCACAAUUUUCAGGUAUAUUGGAAUACCUGUUUCCAGAAGAAUACGAAUAUAGACUUGAACCAGCACUUACAUUUUUGCAGUUGCAACAAUCAGAUUUUGAUCCUAGGUACAAUCGUGACUAUCCACAUGCUGAGGAAGAUAUAAGAGGUGGUUAUCCAUAUUAUUUUCCACAAGGCUGGUAUCGUCAUGCCCUUAAAGUCGACGAUAAAUAUCGGGAUGAUAAAGCUUGGCUUGGUAUGAAUAAUGGUCCAGGUGAAUGGGCUGUUGCUUACCAUGGAACAAAAUCGGAGGCUGUGAAAGGUAUUAAAGAUAAAGGAUUGUUACAGAAUUCACUCAAGACUGAUGCCAUGAAAGCUGAAGCGCAAAAGCAAAAUCCAUCGAUUCCAGAUGUAAAAGGAAUAUAUGUGGCAACACAUUGUGACGGAGGAGCUGCCAAUUAUACUGAGCCGUUUACGAUAAAAGAUGCUAGCAACAAAAGCAAGGCUUAUCAAGUUGUGUUCCAAUGUCGAGUUCAACCGGGAAAAUUUACAGUACACGCAAAUCCUGUACGAGUUGGAAAGGCAUGGCGAGUAUUUGAUGAGAAAGCAAUUAGACCAUAUGGAUUACUUCUAAAAAGUUCAUAA